AUGAAUAGUCACACCAGCCGAGAUGUUUAUCCAGUGCAGAAAAUACCACCACAUCGGAGAAAACCGGGCACAAAGCAGUCUGAGAGUGAAGUACGAAAGAAAAAGGUGGAAGAUUCAAAGCGGGAUAAGAAAGAUGGCGGAAAGGAUUAUAAUCGGAAAAUAAAGAGAAGCACUGCUUCAUCAAAAAGCUCGCCAAUCAUUCAACGAGAAACGAAGACUUACUCCUGCCCGGAGUGUCACAGAGGAUUCAGUCAAAAGUACACUUUGACCCUGCAUUUAAGGACCCAUAGUGGGGAAAAGCCGUUCGGGUGCGAAAUUUGUAAGAAAGCUUUUAGUCAGAAGCACACUUUGGUCGAACAUCAUCGGAUUCAUGCUGGUAAAAGAAAACGUUGA